UCUUUACUCCCUCCCUUCAUUCGCUUGCUUGCUUACUUCGCCUUCCUCAACCGCUUCUGCUCUCACAUCCACCCAAAACCAGACCGCACGACUGCAUCCGGCGUCGUUCCUAUUGGCCUCUCUACCUUAGAUCCCUCUUUCCUCCUUUGCUUCUUCUUCUUCUCCUUCUGCUUCCUCUCCAAAGUCUUUACCGACAUGCUGGCCCUACAAUCCACUCCUCUCCACCUGCGCGAUCAAGACAAGCAGGACAGACGGUUCGAUCAGCCGCUGCUCUUUGCUGGCUAUCCCUCUCCCCUCCACCACCAUCACCAGCAGACCGCAGCUGUCUCUGCCUCAUCCACAGUCGUGGCUUCACGCCGUCAUCAUCACCCUCGCCAUCACUCCUACCACCACCCUUCCUCCGUCUCCCUAGCCUUCGUGACACCGUCGUCUGCCCUGACUUCGGCCCUGAUGCCAUACUCCCAGAGCCACUCUGUACGCCACCAUCAACACCAGGCCCUCUUCUAUCGCGAGUGCGAUCUGAAACAGGAUCUGUCCAUCGUUAAUGCCAAGAUUCUGAACCACAACUACAACAGCAGCAGCAGUAACCACACCAGCAAGAGCAGCCAUUUCGGCGCUCCUUAUGCCGCCGCAGCCGCAGUAUGCUCGCCCCGAAUCCAGAACUCUCCCCAUCAGGAGGAUCUGGCCCAAUUGACGCCUAUUCAGAAGAUCGAGUCUCGCAUUGCCAAGAUGACAUCUUUUCGAACGCCUCACUCUUCCAUUGUUCCCCCUACUUCGUUCUCAUCCGCCUGCAUCUAUUCCCGUCUCUCGUGCCGUGUUUGCUUAUCUUACAACACUUGAUUGCAGGCAGCCCUCGGGAAACGAGUAUCUCUG